GUUUCUAAUAAUCCAGUUAGUCUUUUAAAGUACACCAGUUACACGCACACGCGCAGAUGCACGCACACGCACGCACACCUGCUCUGUUAAACCCCCUGUUCACACGCCUUCCUGCACUAUCUGCUCAGUGCCGCUGAUAGAUAUCUUACUGUGGAUCGAAGACAAACAGCAGCAUCUAUUAAGACAUUGUGUAUGAAGUGUCGAGGAGCUCCAUCACUGACACCACCGCGCUUCUUCUUCUUCUGCAGAGGGUCUCCCGCUGCAGCCGCCGCUGCUGAAUGGAUUACCUACAUACGCGUCUCCUGCUCCCGCUUUUGCGCAUAAACCUCUUCUUACCACUUUGAAUCCGUGACAAGAACGCUGCGUUUUUCUAUGAUUACCUGACCAAAGACACUGUGGCGGACGCACAUUCAUCAUGCCAAGUGGACUGAUUUGAGAGCGAGCGGCUGUUGUUUCUCUUGUGACUUCAGAGAGUGUGUUUGGGUGUACGCACACGCCGCUCUGAUCAUCUGGGUUUUUCCUGCAACAAUUUGUUGUUGCAAACAGUGUGAGGAGGCGAAGUCAUGAUGCCGGUGCCACCUCGGCUUCUCACGGCACCUUGAUAACUUUCUUCACCUUCUGUUUAUUUCUUUUUUUUUUUUUUUUUUUUUUUUUAAUUUUUUAUUUUUUUAUUGUUAUUUUUUUGUUUGUUUCUUUUAGAUGUUUGUCAGCGGGAUCGUCCUUCUUUGGGAAAUUCCACCGUUUCCCCCUUUAAUUAUGUUCACUUUUGCUGCCUUCUGCUACAUGCUGUCUCUGGUCCUCUGCGUGUCCCUGAUAUUCUUCGCAAUAUGGCAUAUAACAGCUUUCGAUGAGCUCCAGGCUGACUUCAAGGUCCCCAUCGAUCAGGGCAAUCCACUCCACGCGAGGGAGAGACUGCGGAACAUCGAGAGGAUCUGUAACCUGCUGAGGAAGUUGGUGCUACCAGAGUACUCAAUCCAUGGGCUCUUCUGCAUCAUGUUCCUGUGUGCCCAAGAGUGGCUGACAGUAGGCCUCAAUAUCCCCCUGCUCUUCUACAACACAUGGAGGUAUUUCCAUUCCCCAACGGACACUAAGGAGCUGCUCUACGAUCCAGCAUCUGUGAUGAACGGCGACACGCUUAAGUUCUGCCUGAAGGAGGCCUGGUGCAAGUUGUCCUUCUUCGUCCUCUCCUUCUUCUACUAUCUCUACUGUGUGUGGAACCUGGAAAUAUCCCUCUAAUAGGUCUUAUCACUGGAAACACUUAAAGACCACUGACAGCAGCAGCAGGAGGAACAGCAGCGAGUAUGAUCUACUCCUUGGUUACCUCAUAACAACUGACUUAGCAGCAAAAGGAGAAAAAGCCCUCCUGGUUACACGCUUAUGAACCACAGACUGACUCAGUGCAAAAAGACUACAUGUUUUAAGAAGAAAGGCAAAGAAAGAUCUGCUCUGUGGGGGAAGCCAAACAAAAAAUAUCUGGUCUGGGAUCAGAUUUGUUUCCACUGAACUAAGACGGGUGUGUUUUCUGCUCGACUGUACAUAAAAACUGAAGAUUAACACAAAAAACCCCGAAAAACUACUGUUUACAGUUUGACUGGUCGUAGCAAGACCUGAGUUCAUCACUGCCUGGCCAACGUUUGUAUCACACACCAACACACACAUAUACACCACACACACCCUCCUCCUCUGGAGUAGCAGUAGCAGGGCCAUUAAAAGCCCAGUGGUGUAAGAGGAGGAGGAGGAGGACGGUGACGAUGAAGAGCACAGUAGCGUUUGCACAGUUUCGUCUCAGGCACAGCAUGGUGAAGCACUGUCCAGCCCAGCACAGACCAGCUCACCGACCCUCAGUCAUUCCUCCUCGGUGCCUCACCUAAAAACGUAGCUUCAGCGGUGAGCGAACGAGGGUAAAACAGGACGGACAGAUGGACAGAUCACACUGUACAGAAAAAGAGAAACACUCUCUGGAGAGGAAUAGAAGAAGAGGAAGAAGCACCAGAGCAGCCAGUUCUCUCUUCAUGGUGUUUUUUCUUUACAUUAACAUUACGUGAAUGGCUUUUGUGACGUGUGCAUUUUGGUGUAUUCUUUAACAAAAGGCAUUUCCAAACUGAAUCUUACAGCUAAAGGUUAUCCUAUACAGAAAAUGCCUCCUUAAGUGUCGUCCUAGUGUUGUUCUCUUGUGGGAAACUUUUCUAAAAAUUGAAAAACAGAAACCCGGUGAAGCUUUUAUAGUAGAGGAGCACAUUCUUUGCACAAAUAGUGUCUUUGAUCUUGCACAAUACUCGCAAUAUUUGGCUAUUUAGGAGUAGAAAUCAUUUAUGAUAGUCUAGCCACACAGGUGACGGUCUUCCAACAUGUAAAGAACUAUCCGACCCUGCUCAACAACGGGGAAACAAUGUGAAUCUUUUCUAGA